CUAUUUCGAAGGAUUUAGCAAUGAAUGGUGGUAUGUAUUCGUCGACUGUAAAACUCAAUGUUGGCGGUCAUUACUUCACAACAAGUCUUCAAACACUGACCAAAGAUCCAGACUCAAUGCUUGCCGCCAUGUUUUCGGGAAAGUUUGAAAUGAGACCUUCUGAGGACGGCGCCUUCUUUAUCGACCGGGAUGGAACUCACUUUCGAUUUAUACUCAAUUACCUACGAACUGGGAAAUUGACUUUGCCGGAUGAAGAAAAAAUUCUGAGGGAAAUCGAAGAAGAGGCUGAUUUCUACCAGAUAACAGGAAUUAUUAACGAGUUAAAAGAGCCAAGUUUUUUUGGAUCUUCACUUCAAGCAAACAACAAAUCUCCUGAACCAUUUCAGGAAUCCAAGAUUUUAACUUCUAUUGAGCAUUGCCGGGUGCUUCAAGCCUGGUUGCCUUCUUUGCGUAGGACCUGGGUCCUUCUGUACCGAGCUUCUCGCGAUGGCUCUUCGGCCGAAAGCUUUCAUUCCAAAUGUGACAACAAAGGACCCACUGUCACCAUUGUAAACAGCGUGAACAAUAUUUUCGGUGGAUUCACAGACAUGCCAUGGAUGAGUGUUACUUUUCUAGGUCGCGUCACGUGGGUCACACAAUCAAAAGCAUUCCUAUUCAGCAUGGUUAAUCCUCAUGGCCUGGGACCUACUAAAAUGCCGAUAAACAAAAUUCAUCUGAAAGGUUUUUACUGUGAUAGCAGCCUGGGACCCAAAUUUGGAGGACAGCGCGACCUGGAAAUCAUAUCAAGGGACGGAGAAGGAAAUAUAUCAGGUUUUAGCCAUCUCGGCCGAUCGUUUGACACUCCUCCAGGCCAGCAGGCGACAUUCCUAACGGGGAAAAAGAAAUUUAAAGUAACAGAUUACGAAGUGUUUGGAUUGCACGAGUGAAGCCGAUAAUGAUCCCUUAGGCCGUUUUUCUUGCAAGCGAAUUGUGAUUAAGUGUCAUGGAAACUUGCACAAAACGCUGGCAAAGAGGAUUGGUACCAGGGACAUUGAACAUAUGUGUCAAGAAGUGCGAGGGACUGAGGCAGAGAGCAGGAAAUCUUGCGUAAAAAAGGAUUAAAAUUUCCCAGUAAUUUAAACGUCCGAAAAUCAAUGAACAAAUCACUUGACACUGUUUAAAGUCAUUUUUAACUGAGCGUCAAAGGUAAUCCGAGAUUGCAGUGGUUUUGCUUUACUUCGCUCUGUGAUUGGUCCAAAAAAAUUCGCGCCACUCUCUCAACCAAUAAGAUGAAAAACUAAAACAAAUUGGGAAUUGGUCGCUCGCGUUUUCCCGCGCUUUGGGCGGUUUGCUUGGUUUUAGUUGAGUCCUCAUUGGUCCCCUAGGGUAUUUUUCUUUCUUCUGAUUGGUCGUUCUGAUAACUUUGGUUUCGGUUCAAAAACACUCAAUCGAUAAGCGCUCCAUCUAAACUUAAUCAUAACCAUUGCAAUUUCCUGAAAUGGAAUUGGUGCAUAAGCUGCUUUAUUUUUCACUAAUUAUUCUGUACAGUUGUAAUCGCACACUGUAAUCUGACAGUUGGCUGUAAUCGUACUUUAGAAAUUGUCUCUACCAGAGAUAUUUUUCUUCAAUGUAUUAAUUUGUUUUCAUAUAUUUAUAAUUUCUUAUAUUUAACAAGUGG